UUAAGGCGUGGCCAGCGCGAAAAAUGGGGAGCAAAUGGUUUGGCGCCUCUGAGCCAGAUUGCUCAGCGAGGCAGCGUGAACACGCAAAAAAAUUUUCUGCCUUUAUUUCGCCCCAGGCAUCAGCGCAAACGAUUGGCUCCCUGCCCUAUGCGUGUGCUGAUGUCGAUUCUGGAGCAAGCCAGGCGGUGCCGCUGGAUUUUUGGACCCCUGCGCGUUCCACUAGCCGCUUGUCCGCCUAUCGCUGGGCGCGCUGCCCCGCCUGAUGUUUUCUCGCACCAGCCAAGCAGCCCAGUCUUUGCGCAUAUUUUUCCUUUUGGCGGCGGCCCUUUGGCUAAGCGGGCGGUGCCAACCACUGCUGCAGGCCUUGGCAGUCCUGUUUCAAGCGUGCGCCGGAGGAUUGCUGUAAGCGGCAGCUGUGUUUUGGACUGUCCGGAAAGCGGAAGAGGGAGUUUCAGUGCUUGUUUUUACUGCUGCUGCAGAGGCUGGGCUUUUUCUUCCAAGCCCUCACCCUUCCCCGCCGCCGCUGCUUGCUGCUACUAUGUCCGCUCGGGCGGCUUCCCAACCAUUUUCUGCCAUCAGAGCCUGAUUGCUGCCUGCUAUUUUUUGCGGCUCUCCUGUGACGCUGGCCCUCCAAUGCCUAAGCCGCUGCCGUGGGCUGCUGCCAUGGCCAGGCAUGGCGCACUGCGAGGACUACGAGCAUUAUCGCAGUGCCUCCGGCCUGCACAAAAACAGCAGCAUGCGGCUGUCACCAGACAAUCCAAUGUUUGGUAUCCGCUACCAUGGAGCAUUCGCCAUGUCGGCAAGCCUGCGAAUUGCCGGUCGGGAUGCAUGCACGGCGGGGAACGCUUGUUCGAUGUGGUCGCUGGAUAGCGACACGUACUGCUCACUAAAUACGGCAAGCAAAAGAGCAAAGGACUACUCGCCAUUCCAUAUAGCUGCCAACAUUGGUUCCGGCAUGAUGGCUGGUCGCAUCAUCGCAGAGCACCUCGGUAGCACGCAGCAUGCUUACGUUCAGGGUACGCCAAGCAUCUGGCACUUGUGUCGUGAUAAGGGAGUAUGA